AGUGCCGGAUCAGGUCAGUUGGAUGUAGCAGCAGAGUUUGCAGCACGGGUGGCAAAAGCUGCAAGUGAAGAAUCAAGUGGUCCUCCCACUUCUCAGGUUCCAUUUUCUGAACCUGUUAGUGUUGGUGCUCCCCAACAAGUGAUAAAUGUUAAUGGACCUGAGCAUGUUACUUUGAACAGUAUAGCACCAUCAAGUGACAGUGUUUUACAUCAAUCAGACACUUCUGUUAGUAAACCUCCAAUAGUCUUAGAUGAACAAAUUUCUUCCUGGAAACAGACACAGCCAAAAGCUUCAAGUAUAGGAAAUAAAAUUAAUAGUAAUUCUAAAGGUAGUAAAAACGAAUCUAGUUUGGGUAAAAUAGAAGAUCAAGGAACUCUGAAUCUAGAAGCUGACAACUUAGUGAAACAAGAACUUGAACGAGAAAGAUCUGUUCCACUUGGGGUACCUAGUGUAAGCGUGAAAGAUGUGACAGUUUCCCAAUCUGACCUUCCUGUGGCUUCCUCACUUGUGGGACAGCCUGUCAUUCCUAUUGGGGUUGUGAAGGAUCAUUCCCCCAGUGUGCUAGGUGUUGACCCAAGCCUCACUCCUGUUGUAAGUGCUAUAACCAACUCACCAGACAUAGAGUUGCAUCCUAGGUCAAGCAACCGCGAACAGUAUCCUGGACUUAAGUCUUCCACACCUGCACAUUCAUCUCCUCGGCGGAAGCCUCGUGUCCCUGAGAAUAUUCCUGGUGAGAAGGUGAUUUCUCCAAGUUUGCCAGUAAUGUCAAGUAUUCCACCUGUAACUGCAACAGCACAGGUGUCCUCAAGCAGUGGCAUUACUCUCCCUUCAAGCACGGACAGUAAACCCCGAGAGCACACUCCUGCUCCCACUGUGGUGACUACUGAAUCUAAGCUUCCACCAUCUUUACCUCCAGCUAAAAAAACUACUUCAGGACCAGAACAGCCUUCUCAGAUAAUAGAGGAAUCUGUCUUCAUUGCAUCUGCACCCAAAGAGAGACGUGAAGAUAAGGCAUCUAGGGGUCGAGAUAGAUCAUCUCAGGGUAAAGAAGGGAUAGAGAAGACUCGUGAAAAAUCCCAAGGACGAGAUAGGGACAAACCUACAGUAUCCCGAAGUCGUGAGAACCCUGCUCCAGUAGCAACUGUGGUUUCUGGUCCACCACCGAUUUCUGUUGAGCCUAGUCCUGCUUCAAGAGGUACUGGAAAAACUCCUGUGGUCUCCCCACUCGAAGAGGUUGCAAAACACCAAACCAAUGGUGAAGCCACAGAUGCCAUGGAAGGUAAAGCAAGUCAACAGCGAAGCAAGCAUAAGAGAGGCCAGCAGAAGAAAGAACUGAAUCGCAAAGGUGCUGAAAAGGAGGGCACUGAAAUGGAUGCAUUUGCUGAACCUUCAGCUCCAAGCAUUCCUGUGACUGCAGAUAGCACUACUACACCAGUGUCCCCUCCAGUGACUGCAGCAGUUUCUACAGCACCAGCUGCCACACCUGUUUCUGCUCGGCCUCCUAGUCCCAUUCAGACUCCAACCAUAGACCCAGCAUCUGUUGUGGCUUCUGCUCCACCUGCAGCAGUGUCAACUGCAUCAUCAGUAACAUCUCAACAAACUACUCCUUCAGUAGUGGUAACUUCAACUCCCUCUAUUUCAGUAACCUCUGCUCCUUCUACACUUCCAACUGUUGUCUCUCCUGCCAGUAGCCUUCCAAACACUGCCUCUUCUUCCAUAUCAAACAAUUCUGUGUUGUCCAGUACUAACAAGAUGGCUGACAACAUAGAAGUGAAGAAUGAGGAACUAAAUGAAACUGCAAAGGAAGAAGAAGAGAAAAUUGUGGCAGCACGCAACGAAGAAAAUGUUAAAGUUUCUGCAGUAAAUUCUGAAAAGCCCUCACUUAUUGAACAAACAGCUCCUGCAAAGACAGCCAGUGCUCCAAAAUUUAAUUACAGAGAAGAUCAAUGGAGCCCUAAUAACCAAGAUGGUAAGAAAAAGUAUGAAAGAGAUUUCUUAAUGAGUUUGAAAAAUGAGCCUUUAUCAAAAAUGAAGCCAAACAUUCUUCCUGAUUUGGAAAUUGUAUUAAAGGAUCCAAGGCCGGCACGCUCUUUAGACAUUACCAGAGGAUCUCAUGACACAUUUACUCCAAAAUUCAUGAGUAGUCAGGGACAGUCAUCUCGUGGCGGGGUGCCGCCCAAACGAGGAAGUCAGCAAGGCAAGGCCAAAAGUGGCAAGCCACAGGGAGUUAUUCAUGUUACUCUGUCAUUGAAGGAAGAAGUGAAAUUGAGAGAGACAGAGAAUGCAUGGAAACCUGGUCGAAUGAAGCCAUCUGAAACUGCAGAAGAAGAUGCCAAGACUGAGGACUUAUACAAGAGAGUUCGUGGUGUUUUAAACAAACUGACUCCUCAGAAAUUCAAUACUCUGGUGGAGCAGGUUCGGACUCUUCCUAUUGAUACUAAAGAUAAACUCCAAGGUGUCAUCAACCUGGUCUUCGACAAGGCUAUAGAUGAACCAGGUUUUUCUGUGGCUUAUGCUUUAAUGUGUAAAGUUCUAUCAAAUAUACAAGUACCAGCGGACAAGGAUGAAUCUAAUAAGGAAGAAAAUCAGCAAGUGGAAUAUGUAAAUUUCCGUAAAUUAAUUGUAAAUAGAUGUCAGCAAGAAUUUGAAAAAAAUACUGAAGCAGAAUUAAAUAAAGAGCAGAGACUGAAAGAAAUUGCAGAAACAAAGGACCCAGAAAAGAAAAAGGAGUUGCAGGCACAAUUUGAAGAAGAAAGUCGAAAAUUGCGAAUGAAAUCUGUGGGAAAUAUUAGGUUUAUUGGUGAACUAUUUAAAUUGCAUAUGCUCACAACAAAUAUUAUGCAUAGAUGUAUACGACAGUUGUUGAGUGACGGAGAUGAAGAGUCUCUUGAAUGUUUAUGUAAAUUACUUACCACUAUUGGUAGGGAUUUAGAAACAAAGAAACAGGAUCUUGGGCCAUAUUUCGAGAAAAUGAAACAGGUGUCUCAGAAGAGGGGAGAAAUUUCAAGUAGAGUAAGGUUUAUGUUGCAAGAUGUUAUAGAAUUACGGCAACACAAGUGGGUGCCUAGGAGAGAUGAUUUGAAUCCUAAGACAAUUGAUCAAAUAAACAAAGAAGCUGAAAAGGAAGCAGUGGAACAGGCCAUGAAUUCAGGUCCAUCAUCAGGACCCAGAUUCAAGAGUGAUGACCGUGGUGGUGACAGAAAGAAGAACCGAGGGCCAAAUGAAGAUGGCUGGUCAACGGCAGGUCGUGCAAAGAACUAUACAGUAGACACCACACGGUUGAAACCUAAAGUUAUGGAAUCUGACACGCUUAGCCUUGGGUGCCGAAGUACUUAUACUAACUGGACUGCUAAUUCUAAGGCUGCUGAUACCAGUAAGAAGAAUGCUAGCCCAGUUAUUUCCAACAAUUCAUUUGCAGCCUUAUCAGAUAUGCCAAGUGAAGAGAAGCGUGGUUCUGGAUUGUCAUCUAGGCCGGGAGGCAAGAUAGCUCCAUCAGCAUCUGCAGAAAAGGAGAGAAUGCUUGCAGGUUUUAAAUCUACUGCUGAAGAUCUUCGUCCUCAGAGUCAUUUACAACAAUCGCGAUCAUCUUCCCGAGACAAUGCACCUCGUAAUGUAGAGGAUGUACACAGUGGAACUGGUUUGAAUGCGAGAUUAGGUCCUAGUGCUGCUAAUGAGGAUUCACUACGUGGCACAAGUCCUGAUACAUCAGUCUUUCCUUCUGAUGUUCCACCUAUGUCAGAGGACACUGUAAAGAAGCAUACUUUAGUACUUGUGGAGGAGUAUCUUACUAACCUCAAUGAAAAGGAAACUUGUUCAUCUGUACUAGAAAUAUUUGGUGAGGCUAAUGUUAAUGCUUUUGUUUUGGAAUCUAUAAAUGGAGUAUUAGAAAAGACCUCACUAGCACGACAGAAUGUAGGUAAAUUAAUGUGUUACUUAAUGAAAGCUGGUGUGGUCUCCAAACAAAUGCUCUUCACCAGCUUCUCUCAGAUUAUAAGUGAUGGUGACGACUUGGCCAUUGAUAUUCCAAAGAUAUGGCUUUAUUUAGCUGAAAUUAUAGUACCUCCACUGUCUAUGGAGAUCAUUACAUUCUCUGAAUUUCGAAAUCUAGCAAAGAGAGUAGGAAAGCUUGUGGCAGAAGUAUUGCAGCUCUUGCUGAAGGAUAAGGGUCCUGCCUGGAUUAGAGAACGGUGGGAUGCUGCAGGAUUGUCAUGGACCGACUUCGUUUCUGCAGAUAAUGUAGACAGUUUUGUCAAAAAACAUAAGUUGGAGUUCACCAUUGGAGCUGGUGGUGCAUGUGUAACACCUGUCUCUCCUUUGUCAAUGGAAGAAGUGCAGAAGAAAUUGGUGCAGUUCCUAAAGCCUGAGCAGGGCACUGCUCAUUCCUUUGAUCAAAUCUGUGAUUGGAUAGGUAUGAAUGUGGGUGAGAGUGUUUCAGAUCCCAUGUUCAUUCGUGCCUUGAUGACUGCUCUGUGUGAAAGUGCAGUUUCACAAAGUGCAAACUCGAUAAAGUUGAAAGAUGAUGUACUUCUCCAGCACAGUAAGUUUUUCCAAAAGUAUAUAGAUAACAAAGAAGAAUUUGAAUUGCAUUGCUUAUAUGCAGUCCAAGCAUUUGUUCAUAGACUUGAACAUCCACAAGGCCUUAUCUGCAGCAUAUUCCACCUGCUUUGGGAAAACAACUUCAUUUCUAGUGAAUCAUUUGCUACUUGGGAGUCCAGUAAAGAAGCUUUGGCACAUGUUGGCAAAGGAGUUGCAUUGAAAUCUCUUACAACAUUUUUCACGGCUCUUAGAGAAGGCGAAGAUGAAAGUGAAGAAUCUUGAGUUCACUGCAACCAACAAGAUAGUGGCUCCUGAAAGUUGCUUCAAAAAUCAUUGUGAAAAUCACGUGAUAAGGACUUCUCCGUACGAGAUUCUCUGAACAAUAUAUACUCUAUACAUAAUAAAGUGAAUAAAUCAAAGGUGAAAGUAAGAAUGAAAUUGUGUAUAUUACUAUUAAUAUUACAUGGAUCAACUGUUUAUUCUCUCUCUAUCCUGUCCACUCAUUGAUUUGCUCUUUUCUGUUUUCAUGUGAUAUUUCACUUUUCUCCCUGUCUUCUUUCUUGUUAUUUAUUUCUGUGCCCUGUGCUUUUAACAAUUUGAAUGAUUGUGAUUAAUAGAAGAUGGUGGAAGAGAGCACUGUUCAUCGAGAGGAAGAGACAUAUGUGCUUAUAUGUAUAUAUAUAACGUGUGAGUGUGUGUGGAUUAGAGCCUGGGCAAGAGAAGUUAUGGUUUCCUGUUGAAGUUUACAGUUGGAGCUUGUACAUUGAGACUGGGUAUAAACCCAACAUUGAGUCUGUUUUUAUGGAAAUGAAUAUAAAUAAGAGUUAAGAUGUAUAAAAUGUUCUGUUAUUAUAAUUAUUAUUAUUGCUAGUGUUUAAUAAUGUGUGGCCUAUUUCUUCUCGCUUUUAUUUGUGAAGGAAAGCCUCUUGUGUUAUUUUUUUAAUUACUGGGAAAGAGACGAGGUAGGCAGGUACCUAUCCUGAUUUAAUGUACUGCUGAUUUCCUCUGUUCCUUUUCCCAGCAACCUGAUUCCAUGUCAAUCUAUGGUUAAACAUGAGCAUGUGCUCAGUGUUUAUAUAUUAAGCAACAUUUGUGGUGUUUAGUUGCACCUCAUAAAAAAAAUUGUAUAUACUUCAAAGUCUGAAUCGUUGACGGUUCUGUAAGCCUCUUUUGCUUGGGGCUGCCACCUAGUCGACAAUGAAAUGAAAUGUAUUUUCCUUAGAACUUACAGUAAUUCAAUUUCCCAUAUUUUGCUUGGCAAAACAUUUUUAUAUAUGAACAUAUAUACAUAUAUAAAGUAAUGGAAAGGUGGCAAAUGUUUGGCUGAUGUCUAUAGAGGUAAAAUAAUCAUGUAAAAUAUGUGGAGAGGGAUGAAAGCAAACUAUUUAUGAAACUAAAAUUAUAAAGUCUUAAUAAAAAAAAUAAAUUAAAAAAAAUGUCUUUGUUAGGUGAUCAAUUUCCUUAUUCCCAAGUUCAUGCAAAAAUAAACUUACUGUGCAAGAUUUUAUGUCAAAUUUUGAAGGUGGUAGAAUAUAUCUUCGGUAAUCUGGAAUUGUGUAUUGUGGAAUUUUGUAUAAUAAAGUGGGAAAGAGUUAAGUUCAUAUCAGGAUUUUCAUGCAAUUAACCAGACAAUUUCUUUUGAAAUUAAACUUCUUGAUAUUUGUCUUUCAAGAAAUUCUGAGUUUUCUCCAUAUAGUGAAGAACAACCCAAAUUUCUAUGUACUUCUGUAAAUAUUUUGUACUUCGGCACAUUGUUUCCACUUACAAUCUUUAUCCUUAAAUGUUCUUCAGCUUUGUUUUUGAACUAUGCUGAAAUUUCACCAAGUAUAUUUUCCCCUUUUGUCUCCCAAUGCCUGUUGCUACUUUUUACAAUAAAUUUCUCCAAACUUUGUUGGGACAAGACUGAAAACUUAUGUUGAUUGUCAACUACCAUUGUAAGGAAGGUAUGUAAAUGCCAAACAGAUUUUGUGAUAAAUUUUAUUUUGC